CUAGCCUGGGAACCUCCAUAUGCUGAGGGUGCUACCCUAAAAAGACAUAAAUAAAUAAAGUUGUUUACAAAUUGAAACUCAGUGAGCAAGAUCAUACAAUUCCAUCCUGGAUCCCAUGUGGUCUGUGAGUGUUCAGCGGGUGUAAGAUGAGGCCGAUGCAGCCCAAGGUCCACUGCAGUCAGCAGAGGCAGGGUUGGGGUCACUGCAUCCACGUGGGGUGAUGCUCAAAGUGAAGGGCUUCGCAGGAAAAGUUGGCAGUAGAGCGAGGUUUAUUACGUAAUGUCGGGUAAAGUAAGAAUACACAGACGCAGAGCGACACACACGCUGCAGAACCUCCUCAGACCCAGAGACCGUGCCGUAGAGCGUCGCCCUGAGGAGCUGGUGCUGGAGUGGCGUGGGGACGAGGAGUACAUCCCAGGAUGAGGGCAGCUGGCUCUCUGGGGAGGGGCCUGGCUGGUGAGCGGGUCAGAGCAGAGGCUCUAAGCCGAGGGCGGACGGAGCAGGACCUGGAAGCCCCCAGGCUCCUCUUCUGUAGGAGGCACAUCACCGUCUACCCAGAGGCUUUCGGUGAAGCGUGGUCUGGAUGCCAGACACUCAGAAGUAUUGGUCUUUGGACAACAAAUCAGAGUUUAUCUGCAGGAAACCCUUGGUGAAACCCUCGGUGACAUCACUCAAAAGGGAUAUGAAAAGAAGAGGGCAAAGCUGCUUGCACGUUAUGCACCACUCAUUCAAGGAGCAGACCCAUCCCUCCAAGCAGAGAGCAGACUCCCUGGGCCCGCACCCUCCACGGCGCCCGCACUCAGACCGCAGAAGCCACGGCCCAGCAAUACACGGGAUGAGCGCUUCAGAUGUUCACACGGAGGCUGUGCAGGCAGCGCUGGCCAAAUACAGAGAGAGGAAGAUGCCAAUGCCGUCCAAGAGGCGCUCUGCCCUGGCGCCUGCGUCCGCGGAGGCCUACACCCCCCCAGACACGUCGUCUGCCUCAGAAGACGAGGGCUCUUUACGGCGACCCGUGCGACUCGCCUCCACCCCGCUGCAGAGCCAUCCCAGCGUCCAGCCCUGGCUCGGCCAGGCCGGUCAGGGCUCGUCCACCUCCUCCUCCGCAUCUUCCACCUCAUCUCACCCGGGAGGGAGCCCCGCCGCCGCGCUCGCAGGCCCCGCGGCCCUCGCGCACAUAGCAGAUCUGCACGCUGACCCUCCCGAUGUCACCACGGGCCUUGGGCAGCCCCGGCACGCCUACCGUGAGCGUCCACAGCCAGCCUCCGGGAGAGGAGCCCCUCGAGCGGGCAGUGGGAGCGUCCUGGAGACCGCAGGCGGCGUCCCCGUGAACAGCCGAGUGUCCUCCAAGAUCCAGCAGCUUCUGAACACCCUGAAGAGGCCCAAGCGCCCUCCGCUGAAGGAGUUCUUCGUGGAUGACUUUGAGGAGCUGCUGGAAGUGCAGCAACCAGAUCCAAAUCAGCCAAAGCCUGAGGGCAGCCAGAUGGCAGUGCUGAAGGGGGAGCCCCUGGCCGCGAGCACUGCCUGGCCGCCGUCACUGCUGGCCGCCUUGCGUCAGUGGGGCACCACGCAGCCCAGAGCCCCGUGCCUGACCGCCCUGGACACUGCUGGGAAGGCCACCUGCACCCUCACCUACGGCAAACUUUGGAGUCGGAGUUUGAAACUAGCUUAUACUCUACUGAAUAAACUGACUAGUAAGAAUGAGCGGCUGCUUAAACCUGGAGACAGAGUGGCGCUGGUGUUUCCGAAUAGUGACCCUGUGAUGUUCACAGUCGCGUUCUACGGGUGUCUCCUGGCGGAGCUGGUUCCUGUCCCCAUAGAGGUGCCGCUAACAAGAAAGGACGCUGGCAGCCAGCAGAUUGGGUUUCUGCUGGGCAGCUGUGGCGUCGCCCUGGCCCUGACCACGGACGCUUGUCAGAAAGGCCUACCCAAGGCCCAGACCGGGGAAGUGGCGACCUUCAAAGGUUGGCCCCCCCUCACUUGGCUGGUGAUCGACGGGAAGCACCUGACUAAGCCCCCCAAAGACUGGCACCCAUCAGCGCAGGACGUGGGGGCCGGGACCGCCUACAUCGAGUAUAAAACCAGCAAAGAGGGCAGCACGGUGGGGGUUGCUGUGUCCCACGCAUCCCUGCUGGCUCAGUGCCAGGCUCUGACCCAGGCGUGCGGCUACGCAGAAGCUGAAACAUUAACGAAUGUGCUGGAUUUCAAAAGGGACGCUGGCCUGUGGCACGGAGUGUUGACAAGCGUCAUGAACAGGAUGCACGUGGUCAGCGUCCCGUACGCGCUGAUGAAGGUGAACCCGCUGUCCUGGAUUCAGAAAGUGUGCGCCUACAAAGCCCGGGCCGCGCUGGUGAAGUCCCGCGACAUGCACUGGUCUCUCCUGGCCCAGCGAGGACAGCGGGAUGUCAGCCUCAGCUCCCUGCGCAUGCUGAUCGUGGCUGACGGAGCCAACCCCUUCCCGAGGGCUCAGGCCGGAGGUCGUCUGUCCUUGUGCCACGUCCCCGGAGGCACUCACCGUGGCCAUCCGCAGACCACGAGGUGCUCUUCAUUCCCUGUCCCAUGGCGGUUGCUUGUGCUCAGCAGAGGAGCUUUGCUCCCUGGAGAAGACACGCAUUUGUCUCUCAGCAUCUCGGUGCUGCUGCUGCUGCGAGACACAGUGCUCCCACUCGUGGCUGCAAAGAGCAGCAGUCCCCUGGUUGCCUCUCCCACUGCUUUCCCGUGGUCUCUGGGCUGGCACAGGGCUGGCCGCUGCCAGCCGUUCUUCCUGCGUGCAGCCCGGGCCUCUCGCUCUGGUCUCAGGGUGCCUGGCUGGGUGCCCAGCACCUUGUCGCUCUGCUCCCUUGCUGCCUGGGGCUCAGCAGGCGUCCCAGACAGCCUGGUGGAAGUGGUUGUCACGGGCCCCCAGGCCCCCCAUAGAGGCAUGGGUGGGGUGGGGUGGGGUGCAGACCUGUGGGGACGCCACUGCCCCGCCUCGGUCCCGUGGCCAGCGCCCCCGCAGCCUGGCGCAGAGCGGCACUUCGCUGCCUCGUCCUGCUGGCGAGGGGCUCUGGUCCCCCCCUCCCCUGUGGGCUCUGUCUCUGUCGGCUUAUCCAGUUUUGUUCCCAGGCCGCCUGACCUGGGAGGCCCCCCUCCAAGAAGAGCUGUGCUGUCGAUGGGCGGCCUCAGCCACGGGGUGAUCAGAGUGGACGCGGAAGAGAAGCUCUCGGUCCUCACGGUUCAGGACGUCGGCCAGGUGAUGCCGGGAGCUAGCGUGUGUGUUGUGAAGGUGGAAGGGACCCCAUAUCUCUGUAAAACGGACGAGGUGGGAGAGAUCUGCGUCAACUCCAGCACAGCCGCCGCGGCCUACUACGGCCUGCUCGGCAUCACCAAGAGCGUCUUUGAGACGGUCCCGGUCACUGUGGCGGGAGCGCCCGUCUCCGACAGGCCUUUCACCAGGACGGGGCUGCUGGGCUUCAUCGGGCCGGACGACCUGGUGUUCGUCGUGGGCAAGCUGGACGGGCUGAUGGUGGUGGGAGCCCGCAGACACAAUGCAGACGACAUUGUGGCCACCGCGCUGGCCGUGGAGCCCAUGAAGUUUGUCUACAGAGGCAGGAUCGCAGUCUUCUCGGUGACGGUGCUGCAUGAUGACCGGAUCGUGCUGGUGGCCGAGCAGCGGCCCGACGCCUCGGAGGAGGACAGCUUCCAGUGGAUGAGCCGCGUGCUGCAGGCCAUCGACAGCAUCCACCAGGUGGGCGUGUACUGUCUGGCCCUGGUUCCCGCCAACACCUUGCCCAAGGCUCCUCUUGGAGGGAUUCACAUUUCUGAAACCAAGCAGCGCUUUCUGGAGGGAGUGCUGCACCCGUGUAACGUGCUGAUGUGCCCUCACACGUGUGUCACCAACCUUCCCAAACCUCGCCAGAAGCAACCGGAGGUUGGACCAGCCUCCAUGAUUGUGGGGAAUCUGGUUGCUGGGAAGAGAAUCGCUCAGGCCUCGGGGAGGGAGCUGACUCACCUGGAGGACAGCGACCAGGCGAGGAAGUUCCUGUUCCUGCCUGAUGUGCUGCAGUGGCGGGCCCACACCACCCCCGAGCAUCCGCUGUUCCUGCUGCUCAACGCCAAGGGCACAGUCACAAGCACUGCAACCUGCGUCCAGCUGCACAAAAGGGCAGAGAGAGUGGCUGCAGCUCUGACGGAGAAGGCGAGGCUGAGCGCUGGGGCCCACGUGGCGCUGGUCUACCCCCCAGGGCUGGAGCUCAUCGCCGCCUUCUACGGCUGCCUGUACUGCGGCUGCGUGCCCGUCACCGUGCGGCCCCCCCACCCCCAGAACCUCGCCACCACACUCCCUACCGUCAAGAUGAUUGUGGAGGUCAGCACGUCCGCGUGCGUCCUCACCACGCAGGCCAUCAUGCGGCUGCUCAAGUCCAAGGAAGCGGCGGCCACUGUGGACGUCAGGACCUGGCCGACCAUUCUAGACACCGAUGACAUACCCAAGAAGAAGCUGGGCAGCAUUUUCAGGCCCCCGUCCCCCGACGUGCUCGCGUACCUGGACUUCAGCGUGUCAACGACGGGGAUACUGGCGGGUGUGAAGAUGUCACACGCGGCCACGAGUGCCUUGUGCCGCUCCAUAAAGCUGCAGUGUGAACUCUACCCCUCGAGGCAGAUCGCCAUCUGCCUCGACCCCUACUGUGGCCUCGGCUUCGCCCUGUGGUGUCUGUGCAGCGUCUACUCGGGGCAUCAGUCGGUGCUGGUGCCCCCGCCCGAGCUGGAGAGCAACGUGUCCCUGUGGCUGUGGGCCGUCAGCCAGUACAAGGCCCGCGUCACCUUCUGCUCCUAUUCCGUGAUGGAGAUGUGUGCCAGGGGCCUGGGUGCGCAGACGGCCGUGCUCAGGACAAAGGGCGUGAACCUGUCGUGCGUGCGCACCUGCAUGGUGGUGGCGGAGGAGCGACCCCGGAUCGCGCUCACGCAGUCUUUCUCCAAGCUGUUCAGGGACCUGGGCCUGCCCGCGCGGGCCGUGAGCACCACGUUUGGCUGCAGGGUCAACGUGGCCAUCUGCCUCCAGCCCAACAGGCUGGGAAAGCUGGCCGAGCAGGGCACGGCCGGCCCGGACCCCACGACCGUCUACGUGGACACGAGGGCACUGCGCCAUGACAGGGUACGUUUGGUGGAACGGGGCUCUCCGCACAGUCUGCCGCUGACAGAGUCUGGAAAGAUCCUCCCCGGGGUAAAGGUCAUCAUCGCCCACACGGAGACCAAAGGGCCCCUGGGAGACUCACACCUGGGAGAGAUCUGGGUGAGCAGCCCCCACAACGCCACCGGGUACUACACGGUCUACGGGGAGGAGGGGCUCCAAGCCGACCACUUCAGCGCCCGGCUGAGCUUCGGAGACACCCAGACCGUCUGGGCACGGACGGGCUUCCUGGGCUUCCUUCGGAGGACGGAGCUCACCGAUGCCAGUGGAGAGCGACACGACGCGCUGUACGUGGUGGGGUCUCUGGACGAGACGCUGGAGCUGCGGGGCAUGCGCUACCACCCCAUCGACAUCGAGGCGUCGGUGAUCCGCGCUCACAGGAGCGUCGCUGAGUGCGCCGUGUUCACCUGGACCAACCUGCUGGUGGUGGUGGUGGAGCUGGACGGGCUGGAGCAGGACGCCCUGGACCUGGUGGCCCUGGUGACCAACGUGGUGCUGGAGGAGCACCACCUGGUGGUGGGCGUGGUGGUCAUCGUGGACCCGGGCGUCAUCCCCAUCAACUCCCGGGGCGAGAAGCAGCGCAUGCACCUGCGCGACGGCUUCCUGGCCGACCAGCUAGACCCCAUCUACGUGGCCUACAACAUGUGAGCGCAGGGCCAGCCGCGGAAGGCGCAGUGGCGUCCGCAGCCGCUGGGGCCGGCUGUCCUCCGCCGACAGGUCCGUCUCAUCUCAGAAACCCCUCCCUCAAGCAUUUGAAGAACUCUUUCAAUCCGCAGGCACAUUGACGAAGACAUGACUGUCAGGGUUUUCGCCACUGGGGUGAUGGGGAGGGAAGCUGGGCGUGGGCGCUGUAGGCGCUGCAGGCUUGGUUCUCUGCUGUGUUGUGAGUUUGCACUUUUUUAGCUAAAAACAUAAAAAUUGAUUUUAAAAUUCAGUUAUUUAUUCCCACUUCAAAUGACAAGUUCAUAGAUAGAAUUGAUGCUAGAAAGAACUUGAGGCCCAAGUACAGCUGCUUCAGUUCCAUUUCAGAAGGAGGGGCAGCGCCCAGAGCCUGGUGGACGGGGAGUGAGUCCUUGGGCCCCAGACUGGGCUGGACACACACACGUGGCCUCUCUUGAAACAGGUGUGCCCAGUUUUCCGCACAUGUUGCCACUAACACGCAACAGAGGCCGUGUGGGCUGUCAGGUGAGGGGCUCGGUUUCACAAGGACGAACCAGCACUGAGUUUUAAACUACUUUCUGGGUUUCUGCCUUCUUGCUGUUCCGCUGAAGUGCUUGUUUUCAUAACCACUGUAGAAGCUCUUGUGCGUGGAAGUGUAUUGAAUUGUUAUUUUUACUGUAAGUCAACAAUGAGGAACCACCGCUGGGCUGAGGUUCCUGCCCUCUGCGCUGUCUGCUGAGCCCCCGGCAGUGCGCCGAGGGGUCGGAGAGCCUGCCCACAGCCUGCCCUGCGGCUGCAUCUUGAGUUCUGUGCCGAUGAAACUUGGCCAAAUCAUAUUCAGUUAUUUUAUUCAAACGUGACUAAACUGAGUCGUCUGAUCGAGUAAACCUAAAUCAAAGACGCAAACACAAAGUAUUCUAAGAAUUUGAAGGGAUGCUCGCGUCUAAGCGAGAGUGCUUUUAUUUUGCUGGGAAACAGGAUGUUAUGUUGGGGACGGAGGAUGGGAGGGUUUGUGAGUCGAGGAUGCUGCCUAGAAACAGCCAGGGUGCCGUGGAAGGAGCCUGGCAGUGGCCUGGCUCCGUGCCUGGCGGAGCUGUUAUCAGGGCUCCGCCGUUUGAAAUGCUCCACCAAAGGCCUGGCUAGCUGGGCUCAGGCCCAGGGGACUCUCCUUCGGCUGCACGUCGCUUGUGCUCAGCAGCUGUUGCCUGUGGGGCCGGCCUGCGGUGUGGCUUGCGGCAACAUCCUGGAAUUCGAUGAUCCUUUUGUAACUGUGUAUAUAACCUGUGUAACUUAUUGUCCGACACACAGAGGUUCUCGCAGUGGCCCAGUGGCCGCUCCACGGAACAGAGUGGCUGCCGGGGCGAAGAACUACCCGACCCUGACCCUGACCUUAAUGUUGGAGUUUUAUAGCAAACAAAUAUUGUAAAAUUUUUGUAUCGAAAGGUCAGUGACAGUAAGACAAGUAUCUUGUAAAUUAAGAUUUUAAGAAGCAUUAAAGUUUUAAAGCUACUUCUAGGAAUUCUGUUUAUCACUAAAAUUUUUUAUAUCAUGUUAAUAAAAGUUAUUGACUUUGUAA